AGGAAAAUCCCCAGUAUUUGCAUUCCACUGAUUACAUGAAACUGCAGCCUACUUAAGCAUCGGACUUGAGGCAGGAAAUGCUUCUGUCUCUCAAAACAGGCUCCACAUUUCGGAUGUAAAUUUGAAAAGCGGUUGCUGAAGGCCCAUAUAAAUCUGGUUAUCACUGGAAAUACUUUUGCACUCGAACGCGUCUCAGCCAAUCGCAGCGAUCAAGACAGACAGCUGACUAUUUUUGUUCGUGUAAAAUGCAGUCUAAAUUAAUAUUUGGCCUCUUAAUAAGAUGAAAAUCUGGAAUAGCAUGCAGGGCUGCUUGGCAGAGUGAAUGGAGGUCACCGCAGACAUUGAGUGAGUCUCAGCGGUGAGACACAGAGGGGGAGAGGGAGGACGGACAGCGGCCAGCCGCCUUCAAAAAUGGCGUCUCCGGAGGAAAAUGAGUAAAAAAUAUUAAAACGCGGCCUGUUUUCUUUAUACUUCCUCGUUCGGUAUUGGUGUUUUUUCGCACUUUGUUUUUAUUUUACCCCGUGUUUGCAAACUCGUCGUCGCUUUUACUUGAAUUGGGUAAAGAAAGCAGAAAUCAGGGGAGCGAGUAUUUGGGGAAAUAAAGGCAGCCCUGUUUUAUUUUUGAUGCGUCGUUAGUGACAGCUAGCAUCUGCUGCUAACCCACAGCUCUGCUCCGGAGGGGGGUGGGAACGAUUUGCAUUCAAAGGAGAAAAGAAAAAGGAUUUUGCAAUUGUGGGGAUUUCUUUUUGCUCGUCGGUGGGGAGUGAUUGCUACCAACGUGGCCCCGUCGAUUGCAAUCCUUUUUUCUUCUGGUGCUAGCAUCGUAGCAAGGACUAGCCUAAAGAAAGGGGAGGAGAGACGGUGAAAAGGACGCAUUCAAAUCAAAUGUUUAUCAGCGAUUCAUCCACCACCGGCCAAAUCCGCGGCAUCUCCAUCAUGACCAUGACUGAAUUUGGACUAAAUCUGCAUUCGUGGAAAUGAUAAAUGUGAAAGGCGACAGAAAAGGAGAAAGACUGGCUUUUUUUGGAGGUGGUUGGAUUAUAACCCCGUAGACCCCCCUCUUUUUUCAUCCAGCUUUCUCCUCCUCCCCUCCAUUUCUCUUUCAAUAUGCUGUUUUCCACUCCUGAGGACUUGCUUAUGAAACCGGGGAAAAUAGCCUGAAACCGACAACGGGAAAGACUGGAUUUUUUUCCGUAAUCUGCGGUGCGACGUUCUCGUCGCUUUCGUCCUCAUCGCACUCAUUGUACAGCUCAUAAAUGGAUAGAAAUUACCCGGGAACAGGGUUUGGUGAUUUGGGCGCAGGAGCAGGAUGGAGUUACGAGAGAUCGGCAAAAGCAAGUCUUGUGUAUGGGAGCUCCAGAUCAUCCCACCCUGAGGCUGAGCUCCUUCACCGACAAGCCUACGCCACCCCACACCCUCUGCAGGGCUAUGCCACCAAUCACCACCCAGGGAGCACCGGCCAAGGCGGAGCUUGGGGAGCAGCUGGACGGAGUUUGGGUCUGUCAGGGCUCUUCGACACUGGCCUGCACCAUGCCAGCCCCUCUGCCCCCGAUGCCUCCGUCAUGAAUCUGAUCUCAGCCCUGGAGUCUCGGGGUCCCCAGCCUCCGCCCUCCGCCUCCUCCCUUCUUUCGCAGUUCCGCACGCCAUCCUGGCAGACAGCAAUGCACACACCUGCCCCUCCUGAACUCUUCAUCUCUGGAGCGCUUCCUGGCUCUGGCUCCUUCCCCUCGGCCUCAGCUCUCUCAGCCUAUCAGCAUCCAGCAUCCUUCUCCAGUCGCCCCUUCCCUACAGGCUCCCUUUCCCUCCAGGACACGCCCACAUUUAGUCCCACAUCCAAUGGCCUGCUCUCCCCACACGACCCCUUACUACACAUCAAGGCCCCUUCCCAGUCCAGCCUGGGGUUUGAUAGACUCCUGACAUCGCAGGGCGCCGCAGCAGCUGCCUAUCGGGGCAGCCAGGAUCCCACGAGUGUCACAUCAGCCCAGGCGUCCUCUGCCAGGCACCUGCAGUCACACCAGUUCAACCUGCUGUCAUCACAGCUCCAGGACCAAUCGUCCCAGCUGUACAAUGCAUCAGUGUUUUCCUCAGCGCAGCCUCAGUCCAAUUCGGCUCAGGAACGGGCUGUUCCCCGACAGGACAGCGUUAUCAAGCACUACCAGCGGCCAACGCCGGCUCAGUCCCAGCUCUCAUCCUCUGCGGCCCACUCCCUUCAGCACUACCUCAGCUGUGGAGGCGCCGGGUACCAGCAGAUUGCCCCCCACCACAGGCACGCUGGCCUUUCCUGCAGCCCAUUGGGUGACCAGAGCCCCUCAUCUGACCACAAGCCCCCCCCUCGCACUGAUCAGUAUCGGCCAAUCAUCCAGCCGCCCUAUUCUUCAUCCUCCCCCUCUUCGUCUUCUUCCUCCGCUGGGAAAGGUACCAAAAGCAGCUCCAGCAGCGGUUAUUCUUCUGCCAGUUCAGCAUCCUCCUCUAGGACUCCCCACACACCCCCCUCUGCUUCCUCUACAUCCUCUUCCUCCUCCUCUUCUUCUGCCACCUCUGGGGCUCAUCCUUCCAAUUCCAUCCCUGCAUCCAGCUCCAGCGCAGCCCCUUCCAGGCAGCAGCCCCCACCUCAGCCCGCUCCUCCUCCCCCAGCCCCGCAGCAGCCCCCUUCCACAUCUUCGUCAGCCCCCCAGUCUCUCCCCAAAUCCUGCCUCUCAGGCUACGGUUCGCCCGUGCCUCCAGUGAAGACUCCCACCUCUUCUCUUACUGGUCAGACCCCACCCCAACAACAGACACAGUCAUAUUCUCCUAAUCAGCCCCCUCCUUCUCACCUGGCUCAGUCUUACGGAGGCUUCAGUUCACCACAAGCCCAAGACCUGAGCUCUGGUACGGGCGGAAAAGGCUAUGGGAGUCUUGGAGGGCGAAGCCAGUCUUACCCCACUGAUAUAUAUGGAACUGACUCCGCUUAUGGAUCUCUUCCAUCCUCUCUGGGCGGAGCUGGGAGCCCAUCACUAGGCUACGGAGCCCCAGGUCACUCCCCUGCCCUUUUAAGGUCAAGCGGUUCAUCAGGCAGCGGAGCAUCUGCAGGAGGAGGCAGCAGUGGCACAGGAGGUGGGAACUCUGGCUCGGGAGGAGGAGCGGGAAAUAGUAUGAGCAAUGAGAGAGGUGGAGGUGGCAGUGUUGGAGGGUCUUAUCACCUUCCAGACUCAAGCCCCUCCCCAUCAGGCAACUCAGGCAUCGUCCGUCCAGGGUUGCACUCCCCAGUGCCCACCUGUCCCACACAAUCUCCGGGAGGCGCAGGCUCUAAUAAAUACAUCUCCUCAGUUCUCUCCCCCACCUUCCUCGCCUCCCCGCAGGGUUACCCCGACACCAGAGGCCCCAGCUCCCAACCUCAGUCCUACCAUUCCACCUCUUCCAAAACAAAGGCAGACACCUCCAUGCUUGGAGUGGGCUCUCAGAGAUCCCAAGAGGAAGUGGACGACGACGACGAGUUCUUGAUCCAGCACCUGCUGCAGGCGCAGGCAAGUCCCGCUCCCCAGGGUGGGCAUCACCAUCCUCAACAACAACCCCAACAGACGUCCCAACAAACGCAGUCCCAGCCCCAGUCAGGGCCCUCGGACACUGAUUCAGGCAAAGGGCUGGCCUACGACAUGGGUAAGAGCUCUGAGGAGAGGUACCACCCCCAGAGUGUCAUCCGUACCCACAGUGCCACAUCUGCUGGUAAUGCAGGGUCUGCAGGGUCCAUCUCAGGGCUGGAGAGCCAGCUGGAAAUGUCACUAAAGAAACAACAACAAGAACAACAACAGCAACAACACCAACAACAACACCACCAUCACCAACAGCAGCAGCAGAGAAACGAAAGGUCUGUUGGAAGCAGCAGAAACAGUGGAGGGAGGGGCAGCGCUGAACAAGUGCACUCCCAUCUCCAUCACCAUGACAACCUAGGCUCGGUAGUCCACUACGGGCGAGGAGAUCCAUACAGCCAACACCCCCUUGCACCCCAACUCUCCUCACAUAGUCAGCUCGUUUCCUCGCACUCGCAGAUCCCGUCCCACUCCCAGAUGGAGCUCCAGAAGAAGCCGCAGGAGCGCGCUGAGAUUCCUUAUCCGCGGAAAACGCCGGAAAUCCAGCAACAGCAUUCCCAAGCUGCCGCCUCCCUCAUGGACUCUCCCACCGACCCAUCCCGUCAGCCGCCCCACCUGCUCCAGUCGGUGCUGUCCCACACCACCCGCAACAAACUGGAGCCUCAUCAGCAGCAGCACCACAAGAUGGAUUCUCACCAACAACACCAACAGCAGCACCACAAGAUGGACUCGCAUCGGCAACACCAACAGCACCACAAAAUGGACUCUCAUUCCCAACAGCAGCAGCACUCCAUCAGCCAACAGCAGGCUGUGAUGGAAGGUGGCGGCGGGACGCUCGGCUCGAGUAAACACCAGGCUCAGUCUCAGUCCACCCAGCUCCAGCUCCAGCUCCAGUCACAGGCCAUGGAGGUGGCGGCGGCUCACUACAACCACGGGCCCCCGACACAUCAGCACGAUCCGAGCCAGGUCAAACAGAGCUCGGUGGUGUCUUCCUUGGACAUGCUGGAGCGUUCUCUUUCUCAGACCUCAAGCACGGACGUAGCCGUUGCAGAAGACAGACGCGGCGGGGGAAGGAGCGGAGGGAGCAGCGAUCGCCACAGACAGCAGCAGGAGCAGAGGCAGCACCCGUCCCACCAUCUCUCGCAGCAACACUCAGCCUCCGAGCUCCACUCCUUCCUCUCCGAGCCAGACAUGGGCUUAUCCACCCCGCCUCACAUGCACCACCUCUCACAGCACCACGCGCAGCAGCAACAGCAGCACCCCGGCUCCCAACACCAACAAACCCACUCCCACCACCCUCACUCUCAACACCAUAUACCCUCACAGUCAGCCUCAGGCCACUCCCAGUCUCAGUCUGACCCCCAGCAGCCCCUCUCUUCCCAGCUCACCCCCCAGCAGAGCCAGCUGGACCAGCAGCGCUCCGAGCAGCACCAGUUUGACAACGUCAGCCCAGUGGAGAAGGCAGACCAGAAUCAGCAGAGUAACCGCUUCGUCCCCCUCACUUCCAUCUGCUUCCCGGACUCUCUCCUUCAGGAUGAGGACCGCUCCUUUUUCCCGGGAAUGGAAGACAUGUUCUGUGCAGAAGACUACAAGUCGAGCUGUGCCGGAGGUGCUGGGCCGGGACAGGAGGAGAUGAACGACAGCCACACCGGGCAAGAGGGAAUGGAUUCAAUGAAAGGUGGACAAGGCGGAGGUGGAGCAGGUGGAAGUGGAGGAGGUAGCUACGAUAUGAUGGGUCACCAUGGUGGAGAUCAGGGUUACGAACCCUACUGUCACGGCCUGGAAGAGCCCAGCAACAACACCAUGACUCUGGAUCUGGACUCCCUUAAAACCCACGAGCUCCCUUCCACUGUGAACACGGAACAGCUGGGGUUGAUACAGUCCCAGGGCCCAGCUAUGGGUAUGGGCUCCAACCCGGCUGGUCCCAACAACCCUGGAGCUAAAAUGUCCUCUGGGCCCGGAGGACCCAGCCAAGGCACUGGUUCCGGAGGCCUCCAAUCUCCUAUUUUCUGCUCCUCUCGUCCCAAGAAGCUCCUCAAGUCGAGCUCCUUCCAUCUGUUAAAGGAGCGGCGGGACCCCAACACACUGCCUAAGAAAAGUUACGCUCAAGAAUACGAGUUUGAAGACGAUGAGGAUAAAGCCGACCAGCCGGCUGACAUCCGGUUGAACAGCCGGAGGCUCCCGGAUCUGCUGCCAGACUUGGUGUCGAGCUGCAGAAAGGGAGGAGGGGGAGGCUCUCUCAGCCCUUUGAUGGGUGACAUCGACUUCUACCACGCCUCUGGAUACUCCUCGAUGGGGUCACACUCUCUUAUGCCUCAGGAAGGACCCAAGAAGAGGGGCCGAAAGCCUACUAGACCCAAGAGAGAUGGACCACCGAGACCAAGAGGCAGGCCACGCAUCCGCCCGAUGCCCGAGCCUUACACUCCACGGGGGAUGAUGGGAGAAAUGGCUCCGACAACUCCAGGAGCGGGAUUCACUGUAGAGGGCCGAGGUAGGGGUAGAGGCCGCGGAAGCCGAGGUAGGGGACAGAGGAGGGAGGAUAUGUACAUGGAAAUGAGCGGGAAGGAGCAGGAUCAGAUGCAACAACAACAACUCCAGCCGCAGCAGCUCCAGCAGCAGAUGCACGAGCCCAUUCCUCCUCUGAAGAUCAAGUUACCCAUUGGUACCCUGUCCUCCUCCGAUGCCUUGCUGAGGACGGACUCUCUGUCCGGCACGGACCCCGCUCUGUCGGACGGCUCGGUGGGCUCCGCUCCCUCUCUGGGUUUGAGUCCUGGACCCCCCUGCAGCACGGAAAGCAACAGAAGUCAUGACAAGAACAAGCAGAAAAGCCAGAUGAUGAGUGAAGGAGUGGACGAUGAGGGACUGGAGGAAAGGGGUGAUGAGAAGGACUCUGAUUCCAAGGCCGGCUUUGUCGCUUCAUUCUUGGACUUCCUCAAGACGGGGAAGAGACCUCCAGGCUUGGACAUCUCCCCAGGAAUGGAGCAUGACAACGGAGAAACGUCCCCCUUUAAAUCGGGAGGUCUGCGCCAGUUGUCUCCUGGACCUCCUCCGCCGCCGCUGCCUCCCUUUGGGGACAGUGAAGGGAACGGGGGCCUGACUCUGGGCAACUGCCACAGCCCCAAGCGCUUAGAGGACGAGCUGAAGAGGAACCUGGAGACGCUGCCGUCCUUCUCCUCCGACGAAGAGGACUCCGUGGGGAAGAACCAGGACCUCCAGAAGAGCAUCUCCUCGGCCAUCUCCGCUCUGUACGACACCCCUCAACUGACCUCCAACAUGCAGAGCCCUCUCCCUCCGUCCCCUCCCCAGCCUCAGUCCCAGGCCACCCCGUCCCCGCUCACUCCCUCGCUGCAGCCCCCCACGCUCAGCCCUCAGCCCGCCAUGCACACCCCCCACGACCUGCCCCGGUCCAACGAGCCUGACGUCCUCCAGCUAGAAGACGACAGAGAUAUGGAUGAGAACAAAGAGGAGGGAGAGCAGAGGAGCGCGGGAGGAGAUGAAGAGAGGGACAUGACGGAGGAGAGAGAGCCACAGCUGGAGACCCUGGGAGCCCCGAGUCUAGAUGCGCUGCUCCCCGAGCUUCCUUCAGAGCCAGAAUCUCCUGAAGCUCCCUCCAUCCCUCCUUCUCCCGCCUCCUCAUGUUCUCCCUCUCACUCCCCCUUACCCCCCCUCUCACUCCCCUCACCCAUGCCCCAAGCUGAGGAGGAACAACAGGAGAACUCCCAGCCUCUGAGCCCUGUUGCUCCCACUUCCCCAUCACCUCCCCCACAAGCUACCCUCUCUCAGCCUGCCGCUUCUCCCCCUCCCCCUCCUUCACUUCCUUCUCAUCCCGCUUCCCCUCCUCCCCCUUCUUCAGUCCAGAAGGAGUCUCCCAUGCCGUCUCCAGAAUCCCCCGCCUCUCCCGAAGAGGCCCCGGCUCCUAAAAUCACCUCCCUGCACCUCGCGCAGAAGCAGGAAGAUGCAGCCAUCGCCGGAGAGAGUGAGGAAGACGAGACUGAGAGUGGAGGGGAGGGCAUCUUCAGAGAGAGGGACGAGUUUGUGGUGCGGGUGGAGGACAUUCAAACUCUCAAGCUGGCCCUGCAAAUGGGCCGUGAGCCCCCACCCAUCUGGAGGGUGCAGAAAGCCCUGCUGCAGAAGUUCAGCCCGGAGAUCAAAGAUGGACAGAGACAGUUCUGCGCCACGAGCAACUAUCUUGGCUACUUCGGAGAUGCUAAGAGGCGGUACCAGCGAAUCUAUGUCAAGUUCCUGGAGAAUGUGAACAAGAAGGACUAUGUGCGAGUCUGCUCUCGGAGACCUUGGCGCAGAGCCACCCCGGCUCCCAGACGCCCGCCCCUCCCCAGAAUGGCGUCCCCUCCUACUGCCACCCAGGCGCCGCCCAAAGUGGAGAAAGAGGAGAGGGUGACUCCGCCGGUGCAGCGCGAACAGAGGGAGAAAACCCGGACCACGGCGGCAAAAGAGCUACGGGAGAAAAAGGAGGCUCCGGCUGCUGUGCCCAAAGCCAAGGAGAAAGAGAGGGAGCCCGAGAAGGAGAGGGAGAAGAGAGUCCAGCCGCAGCAGGACAAAGUGGAGAAACGUGCAGUGGCAGAACGAGGAAGAGCGAAGGAGGAGAAGAAGGUGGUGGAGAGGAAAGAGAAAGAAAAGGCUGAGCGACCUCCCAAGGCCAAGCCGACUAAAGUGAAGGCGGAGCCACCGCCCAAGAAGAGGAAGAAGUGGCUGAAGGAAAUACCUUCAUCAUCGGACUCGGACUCAUCGGAGGAGGCGGCCAGCGAGAAUGAAAUGCCAGUGAAAGGCGGAGUGAACAACCGGGCCAUGAGGGAGAUGUUCAGGAGCUACGUGGAGAUGCUGGUCAGCACGGCGCUGGACCCCGACAUGAUCCAAGCCCUGGAGGACACUGACGAUGAGCUGUACCUCCCGCCGAUGAGGAAGAUCGACAGCAUCAUCAGCGAACAGAAGAGGCGGUUGUUGAGGAGAGUCAGCAUGAGCUCUCAGCACCAGGAGUUCCUGCAUGCGUACCCCCAAAUCCUGGUUGACCCCCUGGACUCGGGGCUGGUGAGGGUGCGGCUCAGCGGGGAUGCUUACAACCGCAAGACCCUCAACAGAGUCAAAAAGACCCUGCCUAAACCACAGGACCUUAAACUGUCAGGGGAGACGCAUCGUAUCUACAGUCUCUUCCACUCCCUGCAUCACUAUAAAUACCACACCUUCUUACAGUGCAAGAAAGAGACCAACAGCAUCGAGCAGGCGACGGAGGACCCCGGCCAGGAGGAGGUGGUGCAGCAGUGCAUGGCCAACCAGAGCUGGCUGGACUCCCUCUUCAGCUCCUUCAUCGAGCUGCUCACGCUCAGCACCAAAGCCUGAGUCCUCACAAAGAGAGAGACAGAAUGGAUUAAAAAAAAAAAACUAAAUGAAGAUACGAGAAGAGAUGGAUCCCACUGUACAGCCCCCCCUCCCUCUUCAAAUCUCUAAGAUGCGAGGAUGAAUUUUUAAGAACCCUCGACGGACACAAUGGGUCUGUUCAUGUGACCUCGGACACUGGCCUCUGUUCUUUUAUCUUGUUGUUGAUCACUGACUAAAGAGAUGUCUUACUUGGUGAGAAGGCGGGACCCCGUCGGAUUAAAGGUCACCGGCGGGGUCGAGAGGGAAUUGCUUAAAAAAGGGAGCGCCGCGAAGAGGAGCAGAAACGCCAAGUCACCGGAGGAGCCACUGAGAUGUUAACUUUGUGUCAUGAAGACAAUAGUUCAAAGAGAAACUAUUACCACUUAGUUUUUACAUAAAUUAUUUUUUUGAAGACUAACAUCAGCUGUUGGCUUUUGAAGAGAGUGGAAGCGGGUGAGAAGGCUUUUUAAACUGCGUGCAGAGUUUGCCGGGAGCAGCGUGAACAUGAGACUCGUCCGCGAAUGGAAACAUGAAAUGUGUUAAUAAACGCUCUCGCUCUCUCUCUCUCAUCUACGUGAAGGGCGGCCCCAGUCAGCUGUGUGAUAAUAUAUAAACACAUUUUUAUUAUUUAUAUGAGGAGGUUUUUAACUUAAACUCUCACAAGCGCUGGGUUGCUGCCCUAACAUUUUAAAAACCUUUUUAUUUUCCACAGAAUCAGUAUACAGUCAGUAACCCACAUAUCCGAGCCGUCUUCCCCUCUAUACAAAAGAAACAGACGUCGAGACAGAAAUAUUGUAUCAAAUACAGUGGGUGUAAAAUAAUGAGGAAAAAAAAGUAAGAAAAAAAGAUAACGGGGAAACUUUAUUUGAAACUUAACAUUGUUGUGCUUCAGUUCAAUCAUCAUCAGUCAUGCAGGUGCAAAGAAAAAGAAGUAAACUAUCCAUUUCCCAUGUGGGAAGAAGGAGUAUAAAUAAGUAAUAUUUAAAGAGGAAAUAGUCAUUUCAUUUUUAUCAUUUUGAUGUUUGUGCAUACUAUGACUUAUUUUGAAAACAAUCUAAUUUUCCAUAAAAAAAGGAAAAAAAAGGCGUGUAAAUAUUGUACAGUUCUUGAUGAAAUUCUUUGUCCUUCUGUACAUUAACUCUCCUGUAUUUGAGAAACAAAUAAAAUCUGCAAAGAACAAA